AUGGAACCAUUCCAAGAUAUAUCCUACAUCUUACAAUCAGAACUUCCACAAUUGAAAAGAAAUUUAGCUGAUAAUGCUUUAAAUCUCUUAAAGGUAGCCGAUUUUUGUCAGAAUAAUUAUUUGAAUGUACCCAAUUGUCAUAAAUCAAAAGUGCUUGAGGAAACAAAAUCUUAUGCCAUUCAAUCGCUUGCUAGUGUUGCCUAUCAGAUUAAUACAAUUGCCACAAGUUUUCUGCAAUUACUUGAUUUUCAAUCAAAUCAAUUCAAUGAAUUAGAAUUUAGUUUAAAUUCAUUGACAGAAGAGACAAAUGUACAUAAAGAAAAAGUAGCGAGAAGAGAAAUUGGAACAUUGACAACAAAUAAAAUUAUUGGUCGGCAACCAUUAUUUAUUAAACCCAAUAAUCCAGAAAAAUUAGUCAGAUACGUUAGAAAGUCACUUGAUUAUUCGUUAUUAGACGAUAUUGGUCAUGGAGUUCGAUUAAAUCGCCAAGAAAAUAAAUCUCGUCAUUUAAUUUAUAAUAAUGGUUUAUCAACUAUGGAUACCCAACGUUCUAAUGGAGCGCCAUUAACACAACCACCUCCACCUCCAAAAAGUGCCAAUGUUAGUUUAUCGAAAGCAACGGGCUCACUAAUUUAUCAACGUUCAAUGCAACCUCCACCUCCACCUCCGCUAGUUCCUCCUGAGUACGCUAGUCGACAAGAAUUAGCUGCUCAAAAUCAGAAUCUUUAUAGUGCAAGUCAAUAUCAACAGCAGCAACACUCGUAUCAACAUCGCGCUCCGGAAGACAACUACGGAACAAUAAGACAACAACAUCAAAACACUCAUCCUUCAAUAUUGCUACAACAAGGUGAUUAG